UUGGGGUGGGGGUUGUGAUAAGGUGAUACAUGGUCUGGUUUGAAAUUGAUAGGCCUUUUGUGAGCUUAGUCAUCCUUGCUUGACACCACAGUGUGCCUACUCAGAGUGUUCUAAAAUUUACAGGAAGUGUGUGGAGAUACAAAUGGAUUGGAAUUUUUGUAGCUAAAAAUUAAUAUGGUGACAGUCAACAUAUAGUUUGUACUCAAUAAAGCUAAAAAAUGUUUCCCACCUUUACUGCUGUAUACUGCUUUCUCUUGCUUGGAAAUAGUGAUGUUUAGUAAGUUGAAAGAUUCUGCGCUUAGUCCAACAAAAAACCCUGGUCAGUUCUCAAACUUGCUGCUUUUAGAAGCAAGAAAACAGUCCACAACAUUUCAGGAGAUAAGAUUGCCUUUACUUUUCUGCUUACAAGUGAAUAUUUAACAGAGCAAUUGCAACCUGAUGAUAUUCCCAUACAUUUUUUAAUGUAGAUGUUUUUAUGCAUUUUUUAAAGAACAUAUGGUGACACAGUUUGUGUAGUUUUCUUUUGGCACUGGGGAGACAGAGGUGUGAAGAAGCUCCCGUAAGUCCUUUUCAGUGAACCACGCCCUAUUAAGCUCAAACUCCUGGGGCUUUCAAAAGAGCAAACAAAGGGGAGGGGAACAUGCUAAAUGUCUCCCGAUCUAAUGUCAAAUUCUCCCUUUGAUUCACAAGCUUAGUAAGGCAAAUUGAAGAGGGAAUUCCACAGUUAAUCAGAAAUCACUCUGUGCUUAGUUGGCCGCCGUCUUCAAACACUCAACUAGUUUAUAAGGGUGCUCCACGCUAUCACUAGUACAUGUAUGUGUCAAUAACUUACUGGUAAUACUAACUUAUGCAUUGGAUGAGGUAAUUUAUUUCUGGAAGAAUCAACCUCAGCCUCUGUUUUUGUCCUAGACUGAUAAUACUUACCACAACAUUGAUUAGAUAUCACAAAAACCAAAUUUAAAGAUUGCUCAAUCAUACAUUGUUUUGAGCUGACGACAAAUUACACGCUGUUGCACGGAACAAAGUUUGAACUUGCUCUUGGAAAUCACACAACUUGCAUCCUACCUACAGAUUAGUUGGUAUUAUCUACUAGCAGAUAAGUAACUAAUCUGAAGGUUGUGCUUAUUUCCAAAAUUAACUGUACCCUUUUAGCCAAAGAGAAGGCGGAUAGUAAGUACAAUGUAAAGUAAUGUUUAUUGUAUUGAUCAAGCUUAAAUACUAAUUUUUCUUCUUUGCAACUACAGAUUGCCAGGAAAAAUGCCCUUAUUACACAUGCUCACAUUAAUGGUAUAAAUGGUGCUAUAAUGCAAGCAAUGGCAGUGCAUACAGCACUGUGUAUUGAACCUCCAAAUCUUGAACCCAGCAGCUUUAUUGAUCAGCUCACUGAAGUGGCAGAAAAACUAGAACAGUCAACUACUGAAGAAAGGUAAGGAUCUGCUUCCAAACAACAACAACAACAAACGUUAUUAAUAAACAGAUAAUAUUACAGAAGCAUUGCCCGCAGCUAGCAAAGCUUUUUUGGGCGGGACAAUGCGUACAAAAUAUGAAAUUAGGACUGAUGCUAAUUAAGGAAAGUUUACAGUUUACAAAUUAAUGAAAUAAAAAUCGUAAUAUGGAUGAGGACUAGAUAACACAAUAAAAAAGGAAGAAUUAAACAAACAAAUUGUAAAAGUAGCAACUAAUAAUCAAGAAUUUAUGUUUCAACAUUUUUGGCUAAUUUUACCUUAAUUUGUAAUUAAGGUGGGCGUAUCAAUAUAGUCAUCGUCUGAAUUCAAAAGACCAAAAAGUAAUUGGCGAAGAGUUUUUUUAAAUUUAUUCUUGGGGAAAUGUCGGAUGUGACAGGGUAUCUCAUUCCACAGCUUACCCCUAAGCUAGUAUUACAUGUACAGUACCCCACUAAAACCAAGAGGAAACACCAUUCAGCUCUCAACUACUACUGGGGGCACUUCCACUUUAAAGGAUUGUAUGUCACACUAAUUUUUUAGAAAGCUAAAACGUUUUUCGUAUCAAUUGAAUUCCAAACAUAAUGGUCCAGUGUUGUUAUUUAAGACCAUAGUUAAGCACUGAAACUGUUUCCUGUCAUCUGUUUUAAUGGAUGGAAGUGGAUUGAAACUUGGAAAAAGCUGAGCCAACCUUUUUUAGUUUCAAUCGUAGAGACUACAAGCAGUCUCUCUUUUUUCUUAGCCCGUCGAGCGAAACGCGCGAGACACGAAAAUGACCACGCGUGUGACUGAAGGCACGAGUAUUUUCUUCUCGGGCUGCCUCCCUCGCUUCUAGCGCCGCUCGAUGCUCGCUCGCGCAUGCAGUCCCCUUCCCCUAAAUCUGAAGAAAAAGAGCCAGACUGCUUGAAGUCUACCAUCGUAUGCCUGCAAAGAUCGCCAAAUCAAUUAUUAUGGUUAGUGACCCCCUGAUGAAAUUUGUCUGAUAUCACCUUUGUAGCUCCAGACUACAGGAGCAUUUUGUCUAUAGGAAAAGGCACUCCAGUAAUGACAUCAGUACAAAAGUGUCCUAAAACAUCAACAUUUGUGACAUAGCUCCUUUAAAAAUGAUUGGCUGGAGUUCCCCUUCAACAAUUUUGAAAACACCCUCCAAGUCUAUUCAAUCUCUAAGAGGUACCAGUGAUUGGUACCUCUUAAAAAGUUAUUUUUUAGCGCCCAGGAAAGUGUGAUACCAAUCCAGAAUUUUAUCCCCCCUUAAGGUACAACGAUUGUUGCUGCUGGGUUGAAUUUAAUUUGAAAUAAUUGUUAUUUUUUGUUAAGCCUGUCGCCUUUCAAUGAUUCAAAUCAUUAUUUCUUUUGCCAGUGACGGAAAAGUCAGUUCUUCAACAACCACUUUCUCAUAUGUCAAGAAAAUCAAAGAAAUGAAAGAAUUGCUCAGUAAAGGCGAAGCACUGGAACCAGAGACUGUGGUAGAUACGUUCGGUAAUGGAAUAAAAGCACAGGAAGCCGUUCCCGCUGCAAUAUUUGCAUUCCUUCACAAAGGCAAAGUAUCAUUCGAGGAGUCCAUAAACUAUGCUAUAUCCUUAGGGGGCGAUACAGACACAAUCGCCAGCAUGACAGGAGCGAUCAGUGGGGCAUACUGGGGAUUGGAGACGAUUCCUUCAUUGUGGCAGGAUAAAUGCGAGGCUGUAGAUGAAGGUAUUGUGUACGCAGACAAAAUCUACGAACUACCACAAGAAAGAAAUGAAACAGAUACUAAGGAAAUGUGAUUAGGAAGGAAUGCUUUUUCAACGCUGUGCUAUACUACCCUUCAGUAUAGCACUGGCCCUGAUAAAGAAUAGCCGUACUAGUACUAGUUGUACCAGUUUAUUUAGCUAGAUCCAGCUAUCCACUUCAGUCAGCAAGGAUUGCUUGAUUAGAUUAGUACCAUUGAUGGUGAAUGCGCAAUAUGCGUACCUUCGGAGGAAAACCUC